AUGGCUGCGCGAGUGGCUCCAACUCUUCAGGACCCCAAAGAGCUGGUAAGUCAUGCAGGCAGCACACCUCACGACCUUGCAAAGGACGGCGAUGACAAGAAGGUUUUCGUGGCUCUGCUGAGUGGCAAAGACUGUGAAUGCCUGUGGUUGCAAGACCGGACUAUCCGACAGCUGAAAGAAGAAGCUCAGCAAAAGCUGGAUAUUGCUAUAAAGCACUUGAUUGGUCACAACAUGGAGCCGUUGGAUGAAGAGAAGAUGCUCGCAGAAGAAAACGUCAUGCCUGGCACAACGCUGACGGUCGUCGCAGUAAACCAGGCAGCAGAGGAUGAGAAAGAAGCGGCAGAAUGCAACAACGACAUCUUCACGGCGGCCUACCGCGGUCACCUCGGGGGGGUCCGGCACCUCCUGCGGACGGUGCCCGGCGCCGUGGCCAGGAUUAGCAACUUGGGCCGCACCGCCCUGCACUACGCGGCGGGCGAAGGCUACGCGGAGAUGUGCCGGGUGCUGCUGGCGGCGGGGGCCGAUGUGGACGCCAGUGGCGGCGACGGCCUCUCGGCCCUGAAGAGAUGGAUGCACGGUGCUUUGGGGAGAUUUCAAGGUGCCAAAAAAUUCGAAGUCAAAAUGUGA